AUGUUAAUAGUAGUAUUUUUUUCUUCUGGGUUUUUUAAUAUUAUUACUAAUAUAGCUUUUGGAGAAGAUUGCUUAGAAUUUGAAAUUUUUUAAAAUCUAGAUAAAUAAUAAUAAAAUUAAAGUUGUUUAAAAUAUUGGAUGACAGUUGCAAGUUUAGGAAAUAAAAGAAGCCAGUAAGAACUUAUGACAACAUAAUCAUUUUUUAAUUUGGGAACAAUUAUAAUUUUAAUAAUUUGGUUUUAAAGAUUUCGGUUUAAAAUUAGAAAACUAAUUAUUAAUUGUGAUUCUAUGGCUGUAAGAGAAAGUGAUUACGCAAUAUUAAUUUCUAAUCUUCCUAAAAGACUAAAAUUAGAUUAUAGAUCAAAAGAAUAAUAUUGUGUUUUAAUGAUACUAAUUAUAUAGAUUUAAAAUAUAAUUGUUAAAUAUAAGUUUUUUUAAAAAUAAUAAUAAUAAUAAUAAUAAUAUAUAUAUAUAUAUAAAAUAAAUAUACUUUUUUAUUUAAAUUAAUAUAAAAAAUAGCUAAGUGAAUAAUUUAAUACUAUUUUAAAUAAUUAAAAAAAUUCCGGGGAAUAAUUAAACGAAUAAACAUUAAGAAACAUUAAAAAAUUAAAAUUAAAAUCUUUAAAAUAACGUUAUUUUAAUGAAUUUAAAUAUUUAAUUGAUGAUAUAUGGGAAUUGUAAAAUUUUACUGGAUAUGCAUAUAUAAUUUUGUCUACUGAAACUGAAUAAUAAUAAAUUAUUGAUUUUUAUAAAUAAGCUAGUUUUAUUGAAAAUUGGAUUGCUGGUAAGAAAAAUAAUAAUAGUAAAUUUAUGGGAAAUGAAUUAAAAAUAAUUGAAGCACCAGAACCAAAUGAUAUUUUAUGGAAAAAUUAUAAAUAUUAAUAAAAUUAAAAAUUUAUUAGAAGAGUUUUAUUAAUUAUUGUCACUUUAAUAGCAUUAGGAGGAUCUUUUGGUUUAAUUUAUCUAUUUUAUUUUCUUUAAUAAUAUGUAAAAGAUAAUAAUUAAAAAUAUAAUGCAGAUUUAAAUGCUAUGUCUUUAGCAAUUUCAUUAUUAAUUUCUUGUUUAAAACCUAUUUUGAUAUUUUUUAUUGAUGCUUCUUCUAAUUAUGAAGUUAGAACUACGUAUUCUUCAUUAAUUAUUUCUAAAUCUUUCAAAAAAGGUGUUAGUAAUUUUCUUAACUCAAGUGUGAUAUUAUUCAUUAUCUAAAUAAACAUUUAUAGAGAAGGAGAUGUAUACGGAAGGUUGUUUAAGAAAGGAGGGCUAACUUAUAAUAUGAAUACAAUUUUUUUAACUUAAAUGGUUGUUAAUAAUUUAGUUUCUUUAAUAAAUAUUCCUUAUUUAUAAAAAUAUAUGACUAUAAAAUUUAUUUAUGAAAAACACAAAUCAGUCAAGAAUUUAUUUAAUACAUAAGAAAAAUUGAAUUAACUUUAUGAAUAUCCUGAAUUUAAUAUUGAAUAACAAUAUGCAAAUAUCUUAGAAACUAUGUAUUCAGUUUUAUUUUAUGCACCUUUAUCUCCUUUAUGUUUAAUAUGGACAAUAAUAUCAUUAAGUUUAAAAUACUUCAUUGAUAAAUAUAAGUUAGUCAGAAGAUCAUGUGUAAAAAGCAAUAUAAGUUAUAAUGUUUGUUUGUAAAUGACUGAAAGUAUUGAAUAUGGUUUACCUUUGUAUAGUCUUUCAAAUAUGGUAUUUUUUAUCUAUGUUUCUAAAACAAAUGAUUCUUUAUCAUUAUCAAUUUUUGGAUUCAUUUUAGGAAUUUUUCAUUGUAUUUUGCCAAUGUAGAAAUUAAAUGAAAUACUUUUUAAAGUAAAAAAUGAUUUCGAAAAUGAAAAAAAAUAUGAUGAAAUGAAAGACUAAUUUUCAAUUGUAAAUAUAUAUAUAUAUAUAUAUAUAUAUAUAUAUAUAUAUAUAUACAUAUAAAUAUAGAGAUAUAAUACUUUCAAUAAUAUCACUAAGAAUGAUAUCCUAUAUUAAAAUAAUAUAUAAUAUUGUUUUUCUAAAAUUUAAAACAAAAAAAAUAAUCUCAAAUAAAGUAAGAUAAUUACUUAAGUAGUUAAUAAUUUAAAUAUUAAUGAUAUUACUUUUACUGCCAAUGAAAGAGAGUAAUGA